GUGAUGUGGCGGAGGGUUUGCCGGUGAAUCGAUCGAGUCUGCAGACGGGAAUAGCGUUCGCACGUUUGCUGUUUGCUUUUCUCCGUUCUAACCAACCGAGCAGAUCAUUCGUGUAUCCGUGCAUCUGUUCACUCGUUCCUUCUCCUCUCUUUCCUCCUUGUUUCUCACUCUCUCCUCUCUCCACACCCAAAGCAAGGAAUCUCUCUCUCGGGCUCGGGUUCAGCGCCACUACCCAGGGAUGCUCGCUUGAUUUUUUUAUUUUUUUUCUUGCUCCUUCCUCGGUCACUUUUCUCCACUUUUCCUGCCUCCGGUUUCUGGGGGAAACCUUGCGAGACGCUGGUCGGCGAGAUGUUGGGCUUGGACGUUUGCGAGUUUGGUGGACAGUUUCUCGAGCUGCUCUGGUUAACGGUGUGCUACAGAGGCCUCAUGGCAGAUAAGGAGAGCACGGUUCCUGUGACUGAGGAGGAGGAUGAGCGUGAUCUGAACUACCAGCCUCCAGCUCAGAAGAGCCUGCAGGAGAUCCAGGAGCUCGAUAAGGAUGACGAAAGCCUGAACAAGUACAAGCAGACUCUGCUGGGAUCAGGACCUGUGGUGUCAGAUCCCAGUAUUCCCAAUGUUCAGGUGACGAGACUGACGCUGAUGUGUGAUCAAGCUCCUGGACCCAUCACUAUGGAUCUAACAGGUGACCUUGAUGCUUUGAAGAAACAGAACUUCACCAUGAAGGAGGGCGUGGAUUACAGAGUGAAGAUCCACUUUAAGGUCAACAAGGAGAUCGUGUCUGGGCUGAAAUAUGUGCAUCUGACCUACAGGAAAGGAAUCCGAGUGGAUAAAGCCGUGUACAUGGUGGGCAGCUACGGGCCGCGCGUGGAGGAGCACGAGUUCGUCACUCCGGUGGAGGAGGCUCCCAAGGGCAUGAUUGUCCGAGGGAGCUAUCACAUCAAGUCCUACUUCACGGACGACGACAAGACGGACCACCUGUCCUGGGAGUGGAACCUGCACAUCAAGAAGGAUUGGGACAGCGCCGAGUAAACGGGCUGCGUCCCAAACGCACCUGCGCCCAAGCGCACAGGGCCUAGCGCAUGUAGGAAAGGCGCACGGAGAAUGGGGUUUGGAUCAGGGUUGGGUUCAAAAACGGCCGAGAGUCAAAAUGAUGCAAACAUACAGUACUUCAAAGGGAUGUUAAUGAAAUUACAACACAACACAAAGCAAGACAUUAGCGGAGACUCAUUUGCUAAAGAACAUGCUGUAUAAACGACAGAGAUCAAUUCCUUGUGCCCGUACGUACGCUCAGGUUAGUCCGUGUCUCUUUGACCUGUAAAAUGUGUGUAAUUAUGAUGUCUGUAAUUCUUGCGAUGCUUUUUAAAAAAAAAAGUUCCUGCCGGAGCUCGAGAGCAGAACCGUGCAUGCCUCAGUGUGAAGCGAUUGUGCAAGUGGCUAGAAUUCUGUUCUGACGCUGUAAUCAGACGUCCAUGAAAACCUGCUGGGUUUACGGCUUGCGUUCCAAUACUAGUUUUAACACGCCCUUGGUGACUUCCCCUAGCCUGCAGGGAGGAGAUUUUUAAAAAACAGAAUGCACAUGACCUUGAAGCACAAAGCUGAAUGAUUAAAUCGACUCGCUAGCUAUGUAACGGAGUACAUUUACAUCAGGUGACAGGUAUAGAUGCAAUAUCGCGCUACAUAAAGACAAAAAUUUGAACGGAAAUCUGAUAUAUGGCCAAUACAUGAGCAUACACUCCCGGGGAAAGAAAUAGUGAAAGUGAAAUUGUUGUUUCAUUUGCAAACGAAUCAACUCAAAGAAUCGACUCUUUUAGCUCUCGACUCGAACGUAUAACCUGAGGGUCCGCUAACAUUUCAUACCUCAUCAUAACAUUUCAAAUAAUCUGUCCUGAGUGGUCAGAAUAUUCGGGAGCAAAAAGAGUCGACUCAUUUGAAUCAAAUGAUCCGAUUCGCUGAAAAGAGGCGGAAUAUCCAUCACUAAUACUUGAAUCCCUUGAAGGGAAAAACUCUCAUUUACAUGACCACAUGGUUUAUACACAGAACCUGAGAAGGUAUACAUAGAACCUUUUUUUCCUAAAUAAUGUAAAUGUCGUUAGCGUAAAUGUAGAUACAAUUCAUGUAUAAUGUAUAGACGAAUAAUAUAAGAAUGAUAUAUGGAUUAAUACAGUUACUCAUCUCAUCUCCUCUUUAUUAAUAUUAUCAGACAUAAGCUUGCUGUAGAAGGUCACUUCUGUCCUUUUUUAGCUGAGCGGAUGUUUCUUUACUUGCAUAUACUCAGGGCGUGUAAUUAAAUCAGUGAAAGUCUGCAGAAUGUAGGAAAUAACUCCACCCUAAUAAAUACGAUUAUAAUUUAUUUGAAAUACAGUUCAAAUAUUAAUUCAACACACACACAAACACACAGUAGAAAUAUAUGUCAUAUUUUCAACAUAUACACGGUCAAGUGCACAUGUCCUGAAGAUGCUCAAAUAGUGUUUGUGAGGAUAUUAAUAGAGAAAAAUCACACAAAAUAAAUGGGACACGUCAGUGUAUGUGUCAUAUAGCAGAGCUUCAUAUACAUAUGGUCAUAUAUCAGGUUUCCAUGAGAGACUUCAGAUAUUAUAUUUUUGGUAUAUUAUAUACUCUCCUUUCUAUUAAUAACCAGCUUCAUCCUGCAAUUUUUUAUUUUUACAUCACGUUACAUCUCAGUGCAUUCUGGGUAAAUUCUGCUCCUGAACCCGACACCGACGUCCCUUCCAGAGUCCAGAGUUCAUGGGACAUAGAUAAAGUAUUAAAUGGAAAGCAGGUCUCCAAUGGCACGUUAGAAACAAUAUUGGAACGCAGUCCAGUGACUUUCGAUGAAGUAAACGUGUGCUAAAUGUCACUUGUGCCAGAGUUUUUCCAGGUCGCGUGCAAUUAAUUAACGCUGUAACGAAACCCACACAAAAGUCAUUCGAGAAAAUCUGAUGCUUUCAUCUGCUUUCUUUGCUCUUAAAGCGUCAAGGAGCUUCUUCUAACUCUUCACCUUGAUGAUACUGAAAAAAAUAAAUCCCAUUUUUCAUUAAAGUGAUCAUGUACCUCUGUGUGGCCUCUUCAUGUCAUAGGUCAUUAAAUCCACAAUGAAUAUAAAUGGCCACAUGUGCCAAGCUGUGAAAUAUGACAUGCAAAAUCAAUCACAUGAUUCCAGAGGACGAGGAUUAGGAAAAAAGAGAAAUGUUAAAGAAUAUAUAUAUAUAUAUAUAUAUAUAUAUAUAUAUAUAUAUAUAUAUAUAUCAACUGUGUAAUGAUAGGAAUCACUCUUUUUUCACUCUGUAAAUGUGUCCACAGUCAAAAAAGUAAAUAUCUCCUGAAUUAAAAGAACAGAUUAUUAUGAACCCCACAUGCUUUUCUAAAAUGGCUGUAAUGACUUCACUAUUUUCAUAACUAGAUGUAAUCCUGAGUAUCUGUAAACUGCAUGUUCAUUUUUUUUAAUGCAACUUUAAAACCUUUUCAUUCUCAUCUGUGGAAAUGAUUGAAAGCGGGGAUUAAGUGAUGGUACGAUUUCGUGGCUAAAAGAGAUCAACGUUCAUGAUUUACUGUACAUCUUUUCACGCAUCUUGCAUUUUUACAAUAAAGUCAACCAAUAAAGCUUGGCUUCAUCCA